ACGUGACUUCUGAGUCGACUCAAAAGUCAUUCUGUCUCUCAUCCCAUCCCAUCCCGUCAUUCCCCGCCGCGUGCCGAAAUCAGCCAUUUUCUGCAAGCACAAUCCUGACAGGUCCAGCAUCGCCGUUGAUCCUCUCAUCGCCUUCGAACCUCGUAUCGCCGUCGAUCCUCGCCUCGCCGUCGAUCCUCCAUGGCUACCAGUAAAGCACUGCGAAACGCGGCAAGAUCGCGGUGGCCAUGGCCGCGGAUCGCAGGGGCUGCGAUUCUCGCCGGUGCGACGCUCGGAGUUACUUACAGCGUCGCCGACGACGUUCUGCUCUUCUACCGAUGCAGCAGUGAGGCACUGGAGGUGGCGAAUCAGAACGAGCAGUUAAAGGCGGCGAUUGGAUCGCCAGUAAGGAGGGGGCCCUGGUACAACGCUACUAUCGGUAUCACUCAUGGCGGCCGAGCAGCUUCCGCGACGUUUCCUGUGGAGGGACCCAAGGGCUCUGCUCUAUUUCACCUUCGAGCGAUAAGGACGCAUGGCGGCAGGAGCACCCUGCUCUACAACCUUCAGUCGGAUCCAAAGUGGCAGCUGUUCGUACUGCAAGCCACUGUUGCUCCUAGAGCAGUGGCAUUGCCAGAAGAAGCAGCAAGACCAGCACCAGCAGCACCAGGAGCAUCACCAGCAACAGCAGCAGCAGCAGAUGCAGCAUCAGCACCAGGAACAGCAGCAGCACCAGCAGCAGCACCAGCAGGACCAGCAACACCAGCAGCACCAGCAGCACCAGAAGCACCAACAACAACAACAGCACCAACAGCAGCGCCUCUAUCGUUCCGCAUUGACCUUCUGUACGGCCCUGGUGGCCCCUCAGUAAUUAAGGCUGCUGCAGAGGAGACUCAAGAAGGAGAGUGCUUGCCGUGCCAAGCACGCGCGCCGCAGAAACCAGAAAAGGCAAGCUAGCUAGCUAGCAGCAGUAGCAACAGCAGUAGCAGCAACACUAUCGUUCUGCAUUGACCUUCUGUACGGCCCUGGUGGCCCCUCAGUAAUUAAGGCUGCUGCAGGGGAGACCCAAGAAGGAGAGUGCCUCCUGUGCCAGGCUCUUGUUCCGAGGUCAAACGCUGCGAGCUAGUUCAGGUGGAAAUUCGAUACUGGUACCGUAUGUCAACUCAUACAUGUUAUGCAUGUAGAAGUUAUAGGCUAGUAUCGGUGUGUGCUCCUAGUGAGUACAACCCAACUGCUAAAUGUGUCAUGUUUUCCCUUCUAGUAAAACAUUCGCGUAUUC